AUGCAAAUAAUCAUUAAAAGUCGUCAAAAAAGAAAAAAGACAAGCAAUAAAGGACUAAAAGUUCUUUGUGAUUGUUUGAAAUGUCAAAGAUUUUCUUUAAGCCGAAAUUUGGUUUCAAUUUCAACUCACACACGACACCGAAAAAACUAUCCUCAAAAUACUCAUGAAUCGAGUAAUAGCGAACAAGUAAUAAGUGAUGCUGAACAAAAAUUAAGCAACGAGCAAGAAAUGAGUGAU